AUGGCCUUGACCGGUGUUGUGAAGAAGUAUGACAAUGCAAAGGGCUUCGGAUUCAUCGUUCCAACUGGAUCCCGCACGGACCUAUUCGUUCGGUGCACGGAUGUUAUUGGUGGAACACUGCAGGAGGGAGACAAGGUCACUUUCGACGAAGGCCUGAACGAGCGCACGGGCAAACCCAAGGCUUUCCGCGUCGCCGGAGGAUCUGGACCUGCACCAGGUGGCAAAGGAGAUCCGAGAGACGGAAAACAAGGCUUUGUUGCCGGACCGGUUCCCGGUGGCUGCGGCUGCAGCCCUUGGGGCAGCCCGGCUCCUUGCGGCUUGAUGCUAGGUGGGGGCUGCGGCCUUGGCGCAGGAAAGGCCGCACCCAUGCCGGGUGGCUGUGGCAUCAAGUCCGGCGUGGUCAAGUUCUUCCACGAUGAGAAAGGUUUUGGCUUCAUCAAGCAGAAUGGUGGUGGCAAUGACCUCUUCGUCCAUCGCAGCGAUGUGAUCGACGCCCCGCUGAAUGAGGGGGAUCAUGUGCAGUACAGCGAGGUGGUUGACAAGAGAAGCGGGAGAAUGAAGGCGCACCAGGUCACUGGCGGCACAGGAGCACGCAAGCCCCCUCAGAAAAAAGGCGCAGGAAAGGGUGGCAAGGGUAAGGGAGGCAAAGGAAGUGUGCCUACCGAGCCGAGCCUUCCCAAUCCUGGCAUGGCUAUGAUGGCUAUGGGUUGCGGCUGUGGAGGUUCUGGGGGUUGCGGAGGUGGCUGCGGUGGCUGCGGACAGCGCAUGGGAGGUUGCAGCGGCAACUGCGGAAGUCUGCAGAUGAGCGGGAACAGCUGCAAGGCUGGCAGCUCCAACAUGCCGGGCAGUUGCUGUGGCCUUGCUUGCCCGCCGUGCCCCACCCGGGCAACGCCAGGGUUGCGGGGCCUCCCGGUCCUUCUGGGCAAGAAGACGUGGGCGCCGAUUGAGCGCCCCAUCGCCGUCAAGAUUCCCGGCCAAAUGGAGAAGAUCGUGGAGAAGAUUCCGGAGCCCUGCCCCGUCCCACAGCUCAUGAAGACAGUGAAGAUGCCUGAUGCUGCCUCCACAGGCAAGGCAGCAAAGAAGAGGCUGCGCAUGGAACGCGGCUACUGGGGGGUCGAGUGA